ACCCUCCGACUCCACCACCCACAUCCUGCCAAAAAGUACCAGUGGAACCAUUUCUAACUUGAAUCUUUAAGCACACGAGAUUCAUCCAAGAGGGUAGCAAGCAGUGGUGGGAGUAUUUCAGUGAGGCCCUACUAUCGAUUUCGAUUUCGAUUUACAGAGAGACAAAGAGGAGGAGACAACAAUCUACCUUCUCUUAAUUCAAUCAUGCCAUCAGGUGCUAAGAAGCGAAAAGCUGCCAAGAAGAAGAAGGUUCAUCACUCAUCCACAACAACUCAAUCUCAUCAGGCAAUGGCAGGAGAGAAUGAUGGUGGGGAACUUAGCUCUCCAGCUUCACAAGAUCCAUGCAUAGAAGGAGAGGUGAUAGAGGUGAAGAAAGAAGGCAAUUCAUCUGAGACCACAUUUAAUAGCAUUGAGAAGAAUUCCAAUGUGGAAGAGGGUGGUAAUAUUGAGAUUGAAAUUGGGGUGAAAUCCAAGAACUCAAAUGGUAGUAGUAGCUCAAGUUCUAGCAGUGGUAGUUCAGAUGAUGAGGUUGAGAAGAAAGUAGUGGUUCUUGAAUCAGUUCCAGUUAUUGAAUCUAUGCCCGAAAAGAUAACUCAAAAAGUUGAAGAUUUGGAGAUUUCCCCCAUUGUUGAACCAGUUAUCAAGCCUGUUGAUUCGUCGUUAGAAGAGGUGUCACAAGAUUGUGAUGAACCAAAGAAUGAGGAGAAAAAAGAUUUAGUUGUGGAGGAACAAACGGUGGUUGUUAGUGAGAGCGAAUUAAAGGACGAUUGUUUGGUUUCUAGUGUAGUUGUUGAAUCGGUUUCGAAAGAAAAUGGGGUAGUGAAAUCGCCUUUGUUGGAUGAGAAAGCUUCUUCGGAAUCAAAGGAUUGUGUAGCAUCUUCUACAUCUGUAACAGACUCGAUUUCUGAAGUUAAUGGCGCAAAUCAUGCAAAUGAUACUGAUACAAUUGGACACUCUGAUAGACAGCCUCCGGUAGCAGCUUCGACUCCAUUAGCAGUGCAAAAAACGACAUCCUGGAAGAGUUGCUGUGGAAUAUUCGAGUUGUUUUCAGGAUCCGAGAGGUAAUAUCAGAAAUUGAUCAUAUCGAGCCAUGGAGUUUGCUAGUUGUCUAAUGAACCUUUGCCAAAUUGCAAAACAUGGGUCGUGCGUUGAUUUUUCUUUCGAGUUUCGCCCUUGAAGAAGAGACUUCAUGGUUGGAGUUGCUGCUUGUCGUAAUCUUUAGGUCGCUCGACGUUCUUGGUUUACUUUUUUCGUACUUUUUUUUUUCAUGAAAUACGGGAUAGUAUAUUCGUGUUUUUUAUUUUUGUGGGUGUGUGUUGUUAUGGAGGUGAUUUUGGUGUGAAAUAUUUUGUUGGUUGUUGGUUAUACGUUAUACAAAUUGAUGGUUUGGUC